GAUGUGUCUUGGAUGGUCGUCAGAGCCGAAAAGACUGCAGUUGAAGCCAACGUUUAACAAUGGAGUUUUGCAUUUUAACGCUGUUUACACUUUUCUCCUCGUUUUACAACGUUUUGUCGCUGUCAUCUAAAGGAGCGUGUCUCCUUCAAGUGGACCAGGGACCUUGCAGAGCAGAAAUCGAGCGCUACUACUACAAUACUAUCACCCAAAAGUGCGAGCUUUUCAUGUAUGGAGGCUGCCAAGGGAAUGCCAAUAACUUCAAGAGUUAUGAGGAGUGCCAGAAGUCAUGUUUCAGAAUCCCAAAGGUUCCCCAAAUCUGCAGGUUUCCUAAAGAGGUGGGUCCCUGCCGCGCCCUCUUUCAAAACUACUUUUUCAACAUGACCACCAUGCAGUGUGAGCCCUUCCACUACGGCGGCUGCCAGGGCAAUUCCAACCGCUUCCAAGACCUCACUGCUUGCAAGGAGUACUGCAGUCCACGAAAAACGGUUCCUGUGCUCUGCCUUGACCUUCUGGACAAAGGAAAGUGUUCCGCCUCCAUUCCUCGGUAUUACUACAACACAGCCUCCAAGAUGUGCGAGGAGUUCAUCUACUCGGGCUGCGGAGGGAGCAGCAACAACUUUGUCUCGAGGAGGAGCUGCAUGGACGUGUGUGUUACAGCAGGGAGGAAACACACAAUCCAAAGCAAAGGUCGUCGCAUGAGACGGAACAGAAUUAAUCGGAUCACUUUCCGGCAGGCGUAAACGUCUGACGCUCAGGGAUUUUCACUGUUUUAUGCCAAAAAGCUUGACGAGCUCUUCUUUGUUGUUCCUAGAAGAGUCAUAGUAGCACAUACACACCUUUCUACUGUAUUUGUAUGCAAGGCUUCACGAGCUCCUGAAAAAAAUGCGAUUUCAAUGAAGUUUGUUACUGCUCUAAUGUUCCUGAUUGUGUGUUUUGAUACUGUAUGUGUGUAAUAUAUGUGUUGUAUUAUUUGUACUUUCAUGGUGCUGAUAGUAUUGUUUGAGUAAUUAACUCAAAAUGUGCUGCUUAAAACUUCUUCAACCAAAGCAGUGUUGCAUAUAACCUUCAUAGGUGUCUUUAUUUGUUUUACCAAAGCUCAACAGCACUGCAACAACAAAAUAAAAGAAACAUGUUUGACUUGUUACUUCACUUU